GGUAAAAUCAAACAGUAUAUAAAGGAAUUCUUUUCCAUUUCUUUCACAAGUUAAGAAAGUGUUCUUAUUGUAGUUAGGUACUGCCAUUGAUUCAAGUGUGCAGUAUUCUUUUGUCAGAUCAAUUUCAACAGGUUUUGCAAAUCAAUAGUCGUUUGCCUCAUCCGUUUUAUUAAAACUCGGAAUAUUGUUACCCUUGACACGCAAUAAUUUGGAUACUCUGCUUAAUUCUUGAAGAGAUAAAGAGUCGAGAUGACGCGAGCCAUUCUAUUUAUUGUAAUUUUAUGUUUUGUUUCAAAAUCUUUUGGCAAAACAUUUUCAGAAUGUGAUUUGGUCCGGGAAUUGAGGAAACAAGGUUUCCCUGAACAUCAACUAAGAGACUGGAUGUGCCUGAUUGAAGCGGAGAGUAAUAGGCGUACCCACGUAGUUGGUGGUUCUAACUCAGAUGGGUCACACGACUUUGGACUAUUUCAAAUAAAUGAUCGCUACUGGUGCAACAAUGGCGAACACCCUGGCAAGGAAUGCAACAUACGUUGCAAAGAUCUCCUGUUGGACGACAUCACAAUAGCUUCGCAGUGUACUAAGAAAAUAUUUGGUGUCCAUGGUUUCAACGCUUGGGUCGCGUGGGUCAACAAAUGCAAAGGGAAAAACCUCCGUCCACUUCCCUGUUAACGUGUAAUAGCACGAGGAUUUUACAUUUUGUA